GCACAAAGCCGGCAGACAUGAGCGAGACGGUCAUUUGCGCCACUCGAGCGACCGUGAUGCUGUAUGACGACGUCAACAAGAAAUGGAUGCCGGCUGGGGGCGGGCCCCAGACACCCAGCCGCAUCCAGAUCUACCAAAACCCCACCACCAACACUUUCCGGGUGGUGGGCCGCAAGAUGCAGCAGGACCAACAGGUGGUCAUUAACAGUGCCAUUGUGAAAGGGCUAAAAUACAACCAGGCCACCCCCAACUUCCACCAGUGGCGCGAUGCCCGCCAAGUUUGGGGGCUCAACUUUAACACCAAAGAGGAUGCCGGGCAGUUUGCCAGCGGGAUGUUGCAUGCGCUGGAGGUGCUGGAUUCAGGAAACUCUGCACCACCUCGGCCCACCCAGAACGGCCCCUUGGCAGACGAACUUGCUGAACAGCAGAAAAGGCAGCAGCUGGAGCGAGAACAGCAGGAACUAGCAGAAAGAGAACGGAGGGGACCUAUCUCAGCAUCCCCAGUGACCCCAUCCGGAGGAGGCCCCCCACCGCCCCCAGGACCCCCACCGGCACCGCCAUGCCCCCCUCCCGCCCCCCCAAUGGGGCCUCCGGGGCCGCCGCCAGGAGCUCCACCAGGGCCACCCCCGCCUCCAGGGCCACCCCCGCCCCCUGGCCCGUGCCCAGGAGGGGGGCCACCCCCAGCGCCGCCUCUCCCUCCUCCACUGGCCCCUGGCGGAGGUGCCGCGGGGCCCCCUAGUGGGCUGGCUGCUGCCCUUGCGGGGGCAAAGCUCAAAAAGGUUGGCAAGGAGGAGGCACCAAAGGCUGCGGCUGCCGCUGGGGCUCCCGCUGGCGGACCUGGCGGGGGAGGGCUCAUGGAAGAAAUGAGUGCCAUGUUGGCACGGCGGAGGAAAGUUACCGAGCAGGGUGAGAAAUCCAUUCCAAAGAAAGAGGAGGGGCCUGCGCAGGAAGACACGGAAGCCGCAGGUGCCAAGACCACAGACGCCUUCCGGAGGCCCUGGGAGAAGUCCAGCACGACGCUGCCCAGGAUGAAAUCCGCUGGAGCCAUCACUGGCUCAGAACCCGCAGGUGGAGGUGCCGGGGACGAAUCCGAGCUGGAACGAGUGAAACAGGAAAUACUGCAGGAGGUCCGAAGAGAGCUGCAGAAGGUGAAAGAGGAGAUCAUACAAGCAUUCGUAACGGAGCUGCGGAAGCGGGGCUCCCCUUAGCCCCCCCACGCCCCCCCUCAGCCACUUCCC